GUUUCGGCAUAGUCCAAAUUGCUGGUACUUGAGAGACUGGACUAUUCACAGCUGGAUCAGACAGUGCUUAAAAUAUGGUGCGCAAGACAAAGCCUUAUACACAUUAAAAAACAAGGUUCAAUAUGGAAUUUUCCCAGAUAAUUUUACAUUCAAUAUUUUGUUGGAUUGUUUUAUAAAGCAGAAGAAAUAUGAAGAAGCUAUGUCAGUAGUAACAGAGAUCAUGCUACAAGAAAGUUUUGAUGAGUUCUCAACACAGCUUCUUUCUCUCUAUGUUUCAUACCAGUACCUGGCAACCAAGUCCGAACAUACGUGGGAAGAGGAGAGAAAUUUUGGAGCAUCGCUAUUGCUUAUGGGUCUAAAGCAAACAAGCACUGUGGGUUUUAGCUCCCAGCUAUAUGGCUAUGCAUUCCUUG